AUGCACGCCAAGGCCGUCGCUCUUUCCCUCGCCACCGCGGCGGUUGUCCACGCUGAUCUUCGCAUCAACAACAACGACAUCCCCCAGGACUGCUCUGCCAUCUGCCGCCCUGUCCGUGACCUUGGUAACAUCUGCACUGUCAACUUUGUCCCCGGCCAGGGCAACAACAACAGCGAUCAGCUCCAGGAUGAGCUUGACUCCCAGUGUGUCUGCACCAACAACUCCUUCGACCUGAAGAACUUGGCUGGCCAGUGCAAUGCCUGCAUGAUCGAGAAGGUUCCUUCCGACCAGCAGCGCAGCCUUGAGGGUAUCCAGAGCAUCAUGAACGUCUGCCAGCUGCCCAGCGCCAGCGGCUACGCUUCCUCAUCCACCUCCAUCGCCAACACCGUCAUCCGCUCCACCAUCACCACCACCUUCCUGACCUCCGGCAACGGUGGCCUUCCCUCCAUCGCCACCUCCACCAUCGUUGGCGGUGGCCGCCAGACCGGCAAUGCUGCCCCUGGCCUCCACACUCCCGGUAGCAACGGCAUGCUCGGCGCCGUCGGUGCCAUCGUCGCUGGUGCCUUUGCUCUUGGUGCUUUCAUGCUCUAA